UCCUCCUCCUCCCCCCUCCCCGGCCGCCCGCCGGUGCCGGCGGAGGCGAGCGGAGCGGGCUGGGCCCGCUCGCAUCCCCCCACAUCCCUCCAUCCCUCCGCAUCCUCCCGCCCGGCUCCGCCUCGCCGAGGGAGCUGGGAGCUGCCGGGGCUGCCCAGCGAGGCCGACAGCCCCGGAGCCUCCACCGGAGCGACCUGGCCGGUCCCGCCGCCGAUGUCACCGCGCCGCCGCCUCCAAGAAGGAAGGUGCUGACUGGCUGCUCCUGGCUCUGGGGUUUGCUACCCACGGGCUCAGCGGGAUGAUGCCAGCAAGCUGAGAGCCCUACGUGUGCCGAUGUGACUGAGUGGCCAGCUGGGACCUGCAGUGCCAAGCCUGGCCCAGGGAGCACAGUGGCUUGUGGCCCACCCAAGUGGGCUGUGCCACCCAAAGAUGAGUGAUGGCGGGUGGAUCUCACUUAGCCCCACCGAGUUUGCCCAGCUUCAGCAGUACACAGACUAUUCCACCAAGAAGCUCAAGGAUGUCCUGGAAGAGUUCCAUGGGGAUGGCGUGCUCUCGAGGUACAACCCUGAAAAGCCCAUUGACUACGAGGGCUUUUGCCUUUUUAUGAAGACCUACCUGGAGGCAGAUGUGCCCGAGGAGCUUUGCCAACACCUCUUCACCUCCUUCAAGCGUAAGAUAUGCCAAGCCUCCCCCGAGACCCAGCGCCAGAGCCCCAGUGUCUCGCAGCUCAACACCCUCGGGAUCAAUGGGAAAACACUCCUAAGUGCCCUGGGACGACACACCCCUGAGGCCAAGAGCUGCCACAGCAAUGUGGCUGAGCCACAGCCAGCAUCCCUCAUCCCAGCAUCGAUCCCCAACACCUCCCCAAGCUGGUCCAGGUCAUCCUCCCAGAAGUCUACCACCGGCACCCCUUCUGUUCACAACUCCUCAGGCUCUUCAAAGAUCUCCUCUGGGUCCCUGCUCAGCCCUCAGUUGCCAGCCACGAGGAGUGUGGAGAAGAGGUUACCCUUCAGCCUGAGGAAGAGCCACAGCUCGCUGAAAGCUUCCCCCCUGCCCCCUCCUGCCCCACUGGCCCAGGUGGUCCACCUGAAGGACAUCGUCUGCUACCUGUCCCUGCUGGAGAGAGGACGGGCAGAGGACAAGCUGGAGUUUAUGUUUCGCCUCUACGAUACUGAUGGAAACGGCCUCCUGGACAGCUCGGAGCUGGAUCGUAUCAUCAACCAGAUGGUGCACGUGGCUGAGUAUCUGGAGUGGGACUCCACCGAGCUGAAGCCUAUCUUGAAGGCAAUGAUGGAGGAGAUCGACUAUGACCAUGAUGGGACCGUGACACUGGAGGAGUGGAUCAGGGGCGGCAUGACCACCAUCCCCUUGCUGGUCCUCCUGGGGAUGGAGACAAAUGUGAAGGAUGAUGGACAGCACGCCUGGAGGCUGAAGCAUUUCAAGAAACCUGCCUACUGCAACUUCUGCCGCACCAUGCUGCUGGGGGUCCGCAAGCAGGGCCUCUGCUGCUCCUUCUGCAAGUACACUGUCCACGAGAGGUGCGUGUCCAAAGAUAUUGCCUCCUGCAUCAGCACCUAUGUGAAAUCCAAGAGAAACACUAGUGUCCUGGUCAGCAGCUCACAGGCAUUCCCAGCAUCCACAGCCUGGCAGGGCAGGCCCCAGCCCCAGCCCCCAGGAACCUUCAGGACCCCUGGCCCCAAGGUGAUGCAGCACACCUGGAUUGAGGGCAAUUCCCCCGUCAAGUGCGACAGAUGCCACAAGAGCAUCAAGUGCUACCAGGGCAUCACUGGCCUGCACUGCGUCUGGUGCCAAGUUACUCUCCACAACAAAUGUGCCUCCCAUGUGAAGCCGGAGUGUGACGGGGGCCCUCUGCGGGACCACAUCUUACUGCCUUCCUACAUCUGCCCCAUUGUCCUGGACAGGCAGUCCCACUGCCGGAGAUCAGAGAGCGAUUCCCCUGCCAGCACCAGCCCUGAGGACAACCAGGGCUUCAAGUUCAACUCUACCACGGUGGAUGGACAAGGACUGCAGAUCAGCCCUCGGCCCGGAACUCACCCCCUCCUGGUCUUUGUGAACCCCAAGAGUGGAGGAAGGCAAGGGGAGCGGGUCCUUCGGAAAUUUCACUACCUGCUCAAUCCACGCCAAGUGUACAACCUGGACCGUGGUGGGCCUGCACCAGGGUUGAGCUUUUUUCGGGACACUCCAGAUUUCCGCAUCCUGGCCUGUGGAGGGGAUGGCACAGUUGGCUGGAUCCUGGACUGCAUAGACAAGGCAAACUUGGUGAAGCACCCGCCGGUGGCUGUCCUGCCCCUGGGAACGGGCAAUGACCUGGCCCGGUGCCUGCGCUGGGGAGGAGGCUAUGAAGGAGGCAACCUGAUGAAGGUCCUGAAAGACAUUGAGCACAGCACGGAGGUGAUGCUGGAUCGCUGGCAGAUUGAUGUCAUUCCCAGCGACACAGAGGCCAAUGGAGACCCUGUCCCGUCGACCAUCAUCAACAACUACUUCUCCAUUGGGGUGGACGCCUCCAUUGCCCACCGCUUCCAUGUCAUGCGAGAAAAGCACCCUGAGAAAUUCAACAGCAGGAUGAAGAACAAGCUGUGGUACUUUGAAUUUGGGACAUCAGAGACCUUUGCGGCCACCUGCAAGAAGCUCCACGACUACGUCGAGCUGGAGUGCGACGGGACCCUGCUGGACCUGAGCAAUGCGUCCCUGGAGGGCAUUGCCGUCCUCAACAUCCCCAGCAUGUACGGGGGCUCCAACCUCUGGGGCGAGAUCAAGAAGCAGCGCAGUUACAACCGGCUGGGUAAGAAAGCGCCGGAGAAGCUGCACACCACGGUGGUCACCGAUGCCAAGGAGCUCAAGUUCUGUGUGCAGGACCUCAGCGACCACCUCCUGGAAGUGGUGGGGCUGGAGGGUGCAAUGGAGAUGGGGCAGAUCUACACAGGUCUGAAGAGUGCUGGGAAGAGAUUGGCCCAGUGUUCAUCCGUCACCAUCAGGACAUCCAAGCUGCUGCCCAUGCAGGUGGAUGGAGAGCCCUGGAUGCAGCCGUCCUGUACUGUCAAAAUUACACAUAAAAGCCAAGUGCCAAUGCUGCUGGGCCCCCCCCAGAAGAGCAGCUUCUUUUUCAUGAAGAGGAGAAACCGAACUCGAGAUUAAGCAGUGUGCAAGUAGCCACAGCCCAGAGGCACUCAGUGUCCCAGAUACCCACCUGCUGCGGGUUGUCCCCAAAUUCCCACUCUGCGGCAGGGAGAGGAAGCACGCACACACACACCCCAAGCCUGGUGGGGAUGAUUUGUCCUGGGAAGGCGUUGGAGGCUUCUUCCCAACCACCACAAGCAUCGUCUCCAGCGGGAUGGAAGCAGUGGGCGAAGGCAGGCCGACAUGCGGGGAGUGUGUUCACCGGGACAGCGCUAGGACUGGGUUCUUUUUCCCUUUAUUUAAAUACUCGCCUCCUGCCCACCCUGGCAGAGCUGCAAAUUAAUGUGCUCCAGAGAAAACACCAAGCUUCACUUAUUUAUUUUUAAUCCUCUUGAAGGGCACUCGAUGUUUUGCUGCACUGGCUUUCUGUCCACCAACCCUUGCACAUCGGAGAAGUUAUUUAUUUUCUUAGCCUA